GCGUGCUCAAACUCCACAAAGGGGCAGGAGAUGAGGUCAUCAUAUAGUAACAUGUAUUCAAAGAUCGCCAAGUGGUUCUUGAUCUGUUCGGAUUUGUUGAAUGUUUUUAGGUAAGUUUAGACAUCAGUGGAAGCUUCACCUCCCAUAAGGACUCGGAAGGAAAUUCUAACUCCUCAACCAUUGGUGCUGAGUUGCAACGGCUUUUUUAAAGCCCUUGUCAACCGAAGUAGUGAGAAUUUGAAGGUACCUUCCUCAGAUUACGUAUGUUCAUCGAAAGCUGUAUGCGCUACGGAGAUAACCAAACUACAUUAGAAAAGCUCUCAGUGAUUUCUUGCCAGUGAAAUAAGUCAUUAAAUAGGAAAAGAGGAGCAAGGAAGAGUGAAAACGUAAUAAAGAACUUUGGAAUUCAGAAGCACGUGGCCGCGGCAUCUAUUGUUCUACAUGUGAGAGCUUUAGACUGUUGCGUUUAAACAAACUGCGGCUUUGAAAAUUUGAAUGAAACGAAGAUGGAUGUGUUGAUAGGCUAAACAUUUGAGACUUACUGAUCGUGAGGAGAGAAAGGAUGUCUCACUUAUUCAGGCAGUUGGUAUUGUGCAACCGGUCUUUAUCCGUUUGCAGCCUUCUCGUCUUCUUCUUAGUCUUUUUACUCUACGAUGAAGAAGAAAACCUUUCAACCGCGGAUCGACUAAGGAGAAAAACGCGCGACCACCUCCGUUGUAACAUCUAUAGUUUAAAGUCAUGUUAAAACUAGAGGCUACUAGUUUAUUUCGUUUGCUUUCCAGUCAUAAUUUAUGCAGAUAUUCAGUUUCUUUCUCUUUGUCUUCUUAAGCAAUUUUUUUUGCUCGUUAGGCCGUCAAGUCAUGUCGGUCUUAAAAUAUUCUAAUCGUGCUUCGUAGUGCACUGUUUGGUGCGAUCACAGUUACCUUCAUUCGUGAAAUUAUGUGUCAAUAAUGACUUUCCACUUUGAUUUCUCACCAGGUUUCGAGAGACAUACUGUACUCACGCUGCUUGAGGUUAUGGCGGCUUCUCUUGUCAGUUUUCUUUGCUCCGAAUUCGUACUGUAGAUUGAUCGAUGAAUUACCAACUAGUACUGCAAAGUUUAUGUUGGCUAACGGAGAUAGGAUGGAUCAGAAGUUACUGUCGAGUAAACGUCAUGAGAAACAUUACUUGUCCCCAGACCUUGCCCGAGCACCGAACGCUCACAUGACAUGAAAGAGUAUUUACUUCGUCCUUUUUUUGAUUCUUUCGUUCACUACCUUCCGUCUCUUGUAAGGUAAGCAGGCGUGUUUUUUUGUUUAUCGGUAGUAGGGGUUCUUUUUUUGGUAAUUUUUCACUUGAUUACAAAGUCGUAAUCGAAAAACGGAGUCGAAAAACGAAUGAAUCCUCCUGCGGCACGGAAAAUUAUCGAACAAAAUUAACGUUUGACACACUACGCAGCUGCACGUGGAUAUGCGAACUUGAAAACAAAUUAUAGUUUUUAAUCCGAUGAGUAUUUCUGCAUUCUUUAAGUUGCCCUUCCACGUGCCCACUUAUUCUCGCGUUUCAAAAGUACUUGUUAUGUUUAUGUGUAAAUUGUGAAACAUUUUAAGUUGAAAUGUACAAAACGUACUUAGCACGCAAUGAGCGACAUUCAUGGGGGAGACAGUCGGAAUGAACGAAAAGAUAUUCGGUUUAACGUGGUAGCUACUAGCCUGUUCAGUUUCAUCAACAUGUUAUCCGCUCAAAGUGAUAAAAUGGGUACGAGAAACUUGUUUAAAAAGCCAAAACAAGACAAAACAUUACAAACUUCGCGUGACAUUGCUAGGAGACAUGUCGCGCGCGGGUUGUGCUUGUUUGAAAGGCAUGGAGUGUUUGCACGCGUGUAAGAACGUGCGAAAUUUUUUCUGAACACUCGACAACUCUGAGUAACUCUGAGGAUGUUUCCAUGUGACUGAAACAGAAAAUAUCGACCUCUUGGAUUUCCUAUUGCUCUAAGAUUCUACAUUUGUUCAAAAGUGCCAAAACAAAUGUAAAAGAUGCAUUUUUGUGCUUUGAAUUUUCAGGCAUGGAUGAACGUAACAGAAACAACCCUGACAUGUUGCGAGAACUUAGCGACACCGAGGUACUGUAUUGUGAGCGAAUUGAACAUUGUUUUGUUAAUAUAGUUGCCCUGAUCAUUUUAAAAUUAUUUUUUAAACCUCACGAGAAAGUAAUUAUUUAUUCUGGCGCCUUCUCGACAUGUGGAUGUGCAUCGAUACGCUUCGCACUUGCCAUUCUGUGAGAGGUUUAUUUUUCUUAAUUCAAACAAAGAAUUCGCAUAUUCAAGCUAAGAUACUCUUGAAUCACCGCAGGAGUAGGAUGUUUUGAAUUUUGCGUUCAGGCUUAAGUUCCUCAACUUCUUCUCAGUUGAUUUACAUUCAAGAAAGAUGUUGUUGUAAGAUUGGCAAAGUAAAGUUAUUCAUCGUACUUUCCUAGAAUAGGGUUGGAUUGCAUGAAGAUGUUGUUUUAUUACUUUUGCUGUUUGAGUUACUUGCUAAUCCUAUUUUUAUUUGUAUUUUAAAUUGAUUUUAACCUGUAGUUUUAAUUGCCGCUUUUACCCAUUCAUCUAUUUUUAUUAACUCUUUUACUUAUUUAUUUUAACUGAUAGAUGUAGUUAUUUAUUUUGGGCCUCCACUGCCAAAAGCAAUGUUUUUAAUUUUACUUCGCAAUGAAGGAAUCAAUUUGUAAUCUUCUUGCCCCAAAGUCACAAUAGACUGUAUACAGUGAAUAAGCCAAUGCUUCAACACAGGCUCUGAUUUAGAGUGCAACAAAUUGACCACCUUGGGCACAGCAUCGAUCCAAGUUCUUGUAUAAUACUUAUCUCACCGAGUUUUUCAAAUGUCCAUGUUUUUCGUCUUGUCAUGAGCUUGGGACAAAGAAAAAAUUCUGAGUCCUUGAGAGGAAUCAAACCUCAGAUCUUUGGAUUCUGCGCUCCGAUGCUCUGCCCCUGAGCCACAGACUCUACGGUGAGCGUAGAAAAGGUGUGGGUGAAAAGAUACGCUGCAAUGCUAGAAAGUAACACAGGACACUGAGUACAGUUUGGUACCCAGACCAAUCCAUUUGGUUUUCAUUGCUCUGAAACACUUAUUUCCCAGCAAUUUUUAUUUUGGAUCAGGAAAGAAUUGUUAGGGGAGAAGUUCACCCCAAUAAUCAGGAAGCCCAGCUGAUGCGUGAAUUCCUGGCUCAAGCCAAGAAGGCAUUGGAUUUUGCCUCAGGAGUGAUAGAUUUAAUGGAACAAAAACUUCCACCUGCACCAGAACCAGAACCUGAACCUGAACUGGAACCUCAACCUAAGAAGAAGAAAAAGUCUCACUAAAAGAGAGUGGUAUGUAACUGACCAAAUCAACAUCUUUCUUUAGUUACCAUUUGUAUUAAGAAAGGUUAUAACUAUGCUGAAAGAUGUGGCUCAAUUAAAACCCUGUCAUUUUCAAAAGCAGACCUUGUCUUAUUAAAUGCAGUUACACACACCACAGUAAGGGCAUUUCCUAGGGUAGAUCUUUCUUUGUUGUAUCUCAUGCAUUUUUAAGGCAUUGUGUUCACCAGUGCUUACAUGCAAUUUGUGACUUGCAAAUGUCAUGCAACAGAGCCCUUAACUCUCACGCAUUUGAGACUUAUGGUUCAAUCUUACGCUUUCACAUGGAAGUUUCUAUUUCUCAUGCAUGUAUGGUUUAUGAUUGAAACUUCUGAUUUUGAGAUAGCAAAUAGCUGCUGUAGUUAAUUGUCUAUCAAAUGAAUUAUCCUUUUAAAUAUUAUUUACUCCCUGUUCCCUUUGUACUCACUUAGAAGACUUUCCAAAGGUGGUCAUUCUUGCACAGAAUAAAGGAAUGCACAUCUUUAAUGGCUACUUCAUUUUUUCAAAACUUUUAAGGGAAGCAGACCCUAAUACCCCCACUAGUAAGGAAUGCCUGCUGUGUCUCACUCUUUGCUAGCAAAUCCAUUUGAGAGCUUGAUCUGCAUGCAACCUCUCCUAGUCAUGAGGUCUGAUUUUAUUUCCCUAUAGGUCCUAUAGUAAUGGGCAAAUCAGUGCAAAGAAGAUUUUGAAGUGGUUAUUCCUUGCAACCAUAUCACAGAGUACUUAUCUCUUAAUAAGAAACAUUUGAUAUGAGCAUAUUUAAGUGCAUGCAUGAAGUCUUCCUUGUGCAUGGCUUUGGUGUGAAAGAUUGCUAAGCAAUGGAUUACUUGGAUUCUCUGACUUGUGUAGAGCACUGUCUUAAAGACCAAGCUAAGCAUUCUUUUCUGAUUUCUUUUAACCUCUGUGGCACCUAUUCUACAGUGUCUGGAAUGUCAACUAUGUUGAUCAUGAAUUUUUCCUUUCCACAUUGCCUUCAUUUUUCUUGCAAGGUUGUGAUAUUUUAUUGCCCUUAUUACCACUGGUUUUAUUAAUUUCAUUCAUGGAUUGAUGUGAAUAUUUUUGUUUGUCUUUCAGUUUGUAGAUAAGCCAAGUUCAACUUGUCCUCCUGAUUUCUCUCACUUGAUUCCUGUUGUGUAGGAGUAUUAUUUAGGUGACCUUUGUGUAGAUCCUGUAGUUGUAGGGACAACUGUCACUACCAUAGCCUUAGUAUAAUAAAUUUUGUAUUGUCCUCCAAUCCAUCAUAAUUUGGGAAAGCUUUUAUUCAGUGGUUCUAUUGGAGUAGUUGGUUGUAGACAAAGCAUUGACAGUCCUCUGGACAAGUAGUUAAGCAUAUCUGUACGUGAAAUUAUUGUUAGACAUGUGACCCUCAAACUGAGUGAAUAACAACUAGUGAAUUUAAUGAUCAAAUAGGGGAAAAAGUAACGUGACAAGUGACCAAAGAUAAACUUAUCUCAAUAACACUUGGUGUGUCAUAGAAAUUUCCUGUUUGUCUCAGGCAAUUGCUUUGGUUUUGUAUUCUUUAUUUAGACCUUGUGGGACUUUGCAUUCUGGCUUUAUUUAGAAAAAUUUUCUCAUUUUAGUAGCUUUCUGUUGAUAUUAUUUGUCUAGUUUGACCCUAAGCCUAACAGCAUUUGUACACUGAUGUUUUAUAAACUUGCUCAUUUUGCUAUUGUUUCUUCAGUGAUUCACUUUAUCACAGCUUGAAUUUCUUUUUCAAUCAUUGGUUGUAAACAUUUCUCUAAAUUCAGUCUCACUUUGUGCCGAGUCAUCGGCUGUUAUUGUUUUUUCUCAUUUUAAACUGGACUAGCGUUUGUUAUAUAAUUUUGUUACAGCGUAACUCCUGAUGUUAACCUUUGGUUGUGUUCUUCGUGUAAUGGUUUGCAAAUUUUAUCGCUUUUACUUUUUAAAUUCAUUUACAUCAAUUGAUAUGGUAUUUAGGCUUAUCUUAGAUUGGUUAUUUUCCAUUAUUUUAAUGUUACUCAUUCCGGGUUUUCUCCUUAAUUUAUUGUUCGUCCUGAU